AUGGGCAAGAGGAUAGUAUUUAACAUAAGCUCUGAGUUUCAACUACAGUCGCUUCUCGGUGAGGGUGCUUACGGAGUGGUAUGUUCAGCGAAGCACAAACCCAGUGGAGAAAUAGUUGCUAUCAAAAAGAUCGAACCUUUUGAGAAACCCCUAUUUUCUAUUAGAACAUUAAGAGAGAUCAAGAUAUUGAAGCAUUUCCAACACGAAAACAUAAUCAGCAUAUUUGACGUGCAAAAACCAUCAUCUUUCGAACAGUUUAACGAGGUGUACAUAAUUCAAGAGUUGAUGCAGACGGACUUGCAUAGAGUGAUCGUGACGCAGGAACUAAGUGAGGAUCAUGUGCAGUAUUUUGUAUACCAAACUUUAAGGGCGCUUAAAGUGCUGCAUGGAAGUAAUGUGAUCCAUCGAGAUUUAAAACCAAGUAAUUUGUUGUUAAACAGCAACUGCGAUUUGAAAAUCUGUGAUUUUGGUUUGGCAAGAAUUGUAUCUGAAAGAGCAACAGAUGGCGAUGCCCAUGUUGACGCUGAUGACACGGAUGAUAACUCCCCUUCAUCGGCGGCUAAUGACGGUGACCCGGCAAUUUCGGGAAUGACAGAGUAUGUGGCAACCCGAUGGUACCGAGCACCGGAAGUAAUGUUAACAGCUGCACAGUACUCCAAGUCCAUGGACGUAUGGUCAUGCGGAUGCAUUCUUGCCGAGCUCUUGGGGAAACAACCGUUGUUCCCCGGGAAAGAUUACAGAGAUCAGUUGAUCCUGAUAUUUCAGACUUUAGGGACACCCACGGAACAAGAAUUGGUGGAGCUAGUAGAAAAUAGACGUGCACGUGAGUACAUUCGCUCGUUACCUAAGCAUCCCAAGAUCAAUUGGCGGCGUAGGUUCCCGAAUGCAUCUGCAGCCGCUCUUGAUCUCCUUGACCGGAUGCUGCAAUUCGAUCCGAGGCUACGGAUCACUGCCACGGAAGCGCUAUCACAUCCAUACUUGGUCUCGUACCAUGACCCGGACGACGAGCCCGAAGGAACUCCGAUUCCUUCGUCAUUCUUUCAAUUUGACCAAUGGAAGUCGCGGCUAAAUACAAAGGAUUUGAAGCGGCUGUUAUGGAACGAAAUCGUGUCAUGA